CAGGUCGGAAGACUAUAGAGUGGGAACUCUGGGAGGUGGCGGUCCGGAAUCUAAGCAACGGGGCGAGACGGGGCGAGACGGGGCCGGUAGGUGGCAGGAGGGGGCCGGGCCGGAGCCGGCGGGAGGGCCAGGCCCCGAGGCCCCCGCCCUGGCUUGCCCGCCCCGGCCGCAGAGGAGAAAAAGGAGGAUGAUCUCCAGAUACACUCGGAAGGCCGUGCCACAGAGCGUGGAGCUUGCUUUCGACCCCAGUGAAGAUAAUAGCUGAAUGCUACAAUAAAGUUGACGUGCCUAAUUCAAAACACCAUGCAAAGCUGUUUGCUUGAAUGCAAUAGCAAAAUCAGGUUGAGACCAACUUUGCACAUCCUACAAAUAAAGAUCACAGAUCUAAAGAUUGUAUCUAGAAGACGGUGCAACUCAGAAGUAUAAACCAAGUGUCAAUCCGAUUCUAACGCUUGUCGACAAGCCAUUACACGCACUGCUGUCACACCCAGUGUAAAUAAUGACCAGUUUUGUUGGUAGAUAAAAAUCAAGCACUUGUAGGUGUUUUGUUGUUUUGUUUUUGUUUCUUGUUUUUGUUUUUUUUUUUUUUCAAGACAAGGUUUCUCUGUGUAGCCCUGGCUGUCCUGGAACUCACACUGUAGACCAGGCUGGACUCAGAAAUCCGCCUGCCUCUGCCUCCCGAGUGCUGGGAUUAAAGACGUGGGCUACCACCGCCCAGCGCACUUGUAGUUUAAAGGCCUGCUUUGUAACCUUAGUUAAAGUGUUGUAACUUGGCGCCUUACAUUUACUGGAAAGGACUAACAAAGCACGCUCUUAACCACCAUCCCCUUCCAGAGCAGCUGGAUGACAUUUCCUCUACCAACGACAGCCAUGAGAAAGAUACAAGUUCUCAAAGUGAAUCUGACAUCACUCAAGAAUCACCUAUUACAUCAACUGACACUGGGAAUUCGCGUUCUGCUUUUCCAAGCUAUGCAGGCACAGGGAUCUCAACAGAAGGCAGCUCCGACUUCUCUUGGGGAUAUGGAACUUGACCAAAGCGCCACUGAGAAAGUGCAGGCUAUGUUCACGGCCAUCGAUGAGCUCCUGUAUGAGCAGAGGCUGAGCGCGCACACGCAGAGCCUGCAGCGGGAGUGCCAGCAGUGGGCAGCCAGCUUCCCGCACCUCAGGAUUCUGGGCAGGCAGAUAAUCACUCCGAGCGAAGGCUAUGGAUUGUACCCUAGAUCCCCUUCUGCUGCGUCAGCGUCACACGAAGCAACCUUGUCUCAAGAAAGAGAGUCUACCAUAUUUGGUAUAAGAGGAAAGAAGUUACAUUUUUCAUCUUCUUAUAAAGCAUCUCCCACCAUCAAAGCCUCUGGCUUGUCUGCUGUUGGAGGAGAAGAGGCAGACUGUAUAAUCUUUUCUGAAGGAAUAAUCGAGGAAUACCUAGCUUUUGACCACACAGAUAUGGAAGAGGGAUUUCAUGGAAACAAAUCAGAAGCAGCUACAGAGAAACAGAAAUUAGGGUACCCUCCCAUUGCACCAUUUUACUGCAUGAAAGAGGAUGUUCUUGCUUAUGUGUUUGACAACGUGUGGAGCAAGGUUGUGGGCUGUAUGGAGCAGUUGACACGUAGUCACUGGGAGGGAUUUGCUUCUGAUGAUGAGAGUAACGUUGAAAUUACCAGACUGGAUUCGGGAAGUCCCUAUGUGCUGAAUGAACAGCAUCCUUUGGUCUUACCUCGAGUGCCGCAGUCUAAAGUGCUGUCAAUCACCUCAAAUCCGAUGAGUUUCUGUCAAGCAAGUGGGCAUCAGGCAAACGUGAAUGGCCUCUUGAUUCAUGGACUGCCUCUACAGCCGAGGAACCUCUCCCUGAUGGAUAAGCUGCUAGAUCUUGAUGACAAGCUACUUAUGAGGCCUGGGUCCAGUUCCGUCCUUUCAAACCGAAACUGGCCAAACCGAGCCAUGGACCUUAGUACGGCAUCUUUGUCAUAUACAACGCAGUCUGCCAGGAGGCGCAAUCCCCCACCACGUACCCUUCAUCCGAUCAGCACAAGCCACUCACGCGCUGGAACUCCAUGGCCUGCAGAAGAAAUCCUCAGAGGACCCCGGGUUCCUGUGACAGCAGACACACUCUCUUCUCCCUCACCAAUGACCUUGGGUCGGAACAAUCUGCUGCCACCUAUUGGAACAGCUGAAGUAGAACACCUGAGCGCCUUGGGGCCACAGCGGCCAACUAAAUCCCACGGUGACUCCAGCCGAGCCCGAAGUGCAGUGGUGGACGAGCCUAAUCAGCAGCCCCAAGAGAGGCUCCUUUUGCCUGUCUUCUCUAGACCCAACACAACUCAGUCAUUUUUGGUCCUCAGUCACAUGGGUCUACAAAACCUCAGAGCAGAGGUGGAUCCAUCUCUAGAACCAGGCAGUGACCACAGGGCAAGUGAGAACCUACAGGGUUGCAGCAGGCUUGGGAACACAUGGAGGCUUUCAUGCACCAGCCUUCAGGUACCGGAUGAUGCAAAGCUCCUACAAACAGCAGCUUAUCUUGGUACAAGUGUCUGAGAAAUAUUACAGAGUAUCUGCCAAAGACUGCACGGGUAACUGUUCUGUGUGCAGUUACUCUUUUCUUUCAGCUUUAAUCAACCUCUUCCAUGGGGCAGUAAAGAUUGUACCCAAAGACUUGACAAUGCAAAACCACCCCAAAUCACUGCUCAUGUAGUCUGUAACCAAUCACCUGUUCAAUUCUUGUACAAUUCAGUGAGAUUACAUAUACACAAAUGAUUCAGAUCACUGGGUUCAGAAUAUUUCUGCUUAUAUUAAUUUCUGGAGAACUGCACUCAGUUUUAACAUAUUUUUAGGAGAAAGUGCUGCCAACAAUCUGAUAUAUUCAUCAAAUAAAUGUCAUUCCUAAACUUUAAGUUAUUACAUUUUAUUUUUGUAUGGAUGAAUGGCAGGAACAUGCACAUGUGGUCAGAGGAGAACUUUCAGGAGUCAGUCCCAAGGCUGAACUAAGAUCAUCAGACUUGGGGUUGAGGUUGGGAGGUGGGUGCCUUUACCUGAUGAACAGUCUUGCUAGCCAAGCUUUUUCUUUACAAAGCAGAAUGAAGACCUAACUAAAGGUAUCAACACUGGUGUAAACUAAUGUUUCCUUCCUAGGUCAGCCUUACAUGCCAGCUUGACAUCAGGGUCUUUGUGUGCUCAUGAUUGUGCAGUGUGUGCAUGCAUUUGGGCCACAAAUCAUUGGGAGCCCUUCCUAAUUGUUUCUCCAUCUCAUGUUUUGAGAUAGGACCUCUCACUGAACUUGGAGAUCCUCAUUUGCACCAAGACAGGUUUGUUUUGCUUUGUCUGUCAGUGGUAGGGAUCCAAACUCAAGUCUUCAUGCUUGUAAGCACUUCACCACUGAGCCAGUUCUCCAUUCAAAGAGCAGUGGAACUAGAGAACUUCCUCUAGUUCCACCACCAGGAACAUAGCAAUGGUGUUAACUAUGGCAUGAGCUUGUCUUACUAAAAUGCCACUAUUGCCUUAGUUAACACACCACGUUGACAUUACUAAUUUUCAGAGUGCCUAAAUUCAAAUGGUUGUCCACUAAAGGUGACUUAAAUCAUUCCAAGUUCUUAUGCCAUGAAAUAGAUGUUUCAAAUAACCCACACUGAGUUAUAUAUUAAAUAGUUCUAUUGUGCUUGUGAUCACAAACUAAAUGUGUGAUGGCCCACCUUAAAUUAUAAUGCUCAAUGGGAAGAAGCUUAUACAUGAUACAAAUGAAGACUUGAACAGUCACUACAAAUAUAUUGUAGUGAAUAGUUAUCAACUCAAGAUGUAAAUGAAAAUCUUUCUCACAAAUCUGUACAAUGAAUGCACUGUUAACAGAUCUACAUGCGUGGCCUUUCUGAGCAGCUAUGACUCAGAGAACCCUCGGGUCACUUAUCUUUACCCCUUUGUGUGUGUGUCCCCUCAAAGCUAGUUAGUAUUCAUCCUUAAAAAACCCGAGUAUAGUUCUACAUAGCAAAUCACAGGCUAGCUAGAGCUACACACUAAGACUCAUCUGAAGCCACACAAAACAGAUCAAAAUACAUAAAAAUCCUGCUGAACUUAAUACAUGCAAUUUAAUGAGUUUGGCUCUCACUCUUGCAGAUAAAAAGUUCAGACAAGACCAGUGAAAUGCCUAAUCCUGUGUCCUGCCUGCAAAGACAGGACUGUGACAUCUAUGUGUGUCAAAGCCAGCCUGUCUGCUGCAAUCAGCAAUGCUGACUAGAUUACUUAAGUCCUUUAAAUAAAACACUUUAUGUAGGCCGGGUGUGGUGGUGCACUCCUGUGAUCCCAGCACUUGUGAGGCAGAGGCAGGCAGAUUUCUGAGUUCGAGGCCAGCCUGGUCUACAGAGUGAGUUCCAGGACAGCCGGGACCACACAGAGAAACCCUGUCUCAAAAUAAAAACAAAAACCACUUUAUGUUCAUAGACCAAUGGGGUCAUUUAAAUAAACCACCAGACCUUUGUCAUUUUUUCUUUAUUUAGCCAUAUACAAUCUUAUGAAAAAGUUUGCAAUAAUAUGAAUGCCCAUGUCUCUUACUGCAAGGACAGAAAACAAAAUCCAAUGGUAGAACAAGAAAAGAUCUGUGUAGGAUUAAGACCAAAGCACGCUGGCAUUUAUUUAGAAGAAGCUAUUCCACAAGUGUUCUCUGGGGGUGUUCUCCAUAGAUAGAGUAUCUCUCUUCAGUGCAUGCACAUCAGCAAAAGCAGUCCACAGAAACCAAUAUUGUAAAUAGAUUUUUGGGCAUAAGACCCAGCAAACCCACCCCUCCCAAC